CUUUUAUAGAAUUCAUUUGCUGUGUUCGCAUUAAGCCCACAUAUUUUAAUUCCGUCUUUCAAUAAUAAUAAUUGCAAAAAUUGUAAAUUCUUGUUAUUUUAUUAAAACAGCAAAAUGCAAGGUCUAGGUUUACAAAGUCUAAAGAAGAACCCUGCGUUGAUCCCAUUGUACGUUUGCGUUGGAGCAGGUGCCAUUGGUGCUGUUUAUUACAUGACUCGCCUUGCCACCAGAAAUCCUGAUGUAACUUGGAAUCGAACCUCCAACCCAGAGCCUUGGCAAGAAUAUAAAGAUAAACAAUACAAGUUUUACUCCCCCGUGAGAGAUUACUCCAAGACCAAGAGCGCGGCUCCUAACUUCGAAGAAUAAUUCAACAACUUAUUCUUAUAAAUAAGUACAUGAUUCAAAAUACAAAUAUGUAUGUUGUAAUGAGUUUGAAUUAAAAAGCGUUCAUCUCAAAAUAUCACAUAGAAA